AUGAAGAGGUUCCUCGCUGUCGCUUGUACUCUGCUCCUCGCCCUUGUGGUUGUCAAUGGGCAACAGCUGCCCAUCCCCAAGACCGCACCGGGCAUGCACCGGGGCAACCCGUCGGCACCCAUCCACAUCACUGAGUUCGCUGACUACCAGUGCCCCUACUGCGCUGACUCGUACCCUAUCGUGGAGCAGGUGCUGAAGCUUUACGGUCCGGACAAGAUCUACUACACGCUCCACAUCUUCCCGCUUUGGCUCCAUCGCCAGGCCUUCAUAGUCGCUGAGGCCGCUGGCGUGGUCGCCCUCAAUGCCCCUGACCGCUACUGGGAAGCUGCCAGCUUCCUCUUCGCCAACCAGGCCCAGUUCUACAACAGCGCCUUCCAGAACAAGACCGCUGCUGAUUUGUACUCCCUGCUGGCCGGCUGGAUGCCCAAGUUCGGCAUCAGCCCUUCGACCUUCUACGCGCAAGUUGACAGUGACGCCGUGUACGCGCGUGUGGAUGCCGAUAUCCACACGGCGAUCAUUCGUCAGGUCUAUGAGACGCCCACCUUCCUCGUCAAUGGCUUCAAGGCUCUGCAGAUCCCCGACAAUGCCACGAUGUCGCUCAAUGUGGUGAAGAAGGGUGUCCUCGGAAAGGACAAGUUCUUCUAUCAGGCCAUCGAGCUCCUGCUGCAGCCAGAAGAUAGGGAUGCGGGCGAUGAGAGCGAGGCCAAGCUACGCGAGAUGCUCAAGGAGAAUCUUCAAGCGCAGCACAAGCACAAGGCAUCUGCCGGCCCAGGUCGGCCAGCUACUGCUGCCGCUUCACGUCCAGGCCAGGAGAAGCCAUCGUUCAUGCGUUCGUUUUCGCGAGAGGAACGCGGGCAGGCAAAGCAGUCUCAUCUGCUGCAGGCUAAGCUCAAGCCACAGGCGACUCUGUGGACGCCCUCUACCAGCCUUGCCUCACCCUCCUGGAUGAAAACUGUCAAGCGAGAGGGCGGCGGGCUUGUGAAGCACGAAGCAGAGCAAAUUGAAGAGGAGGUGGUCGAGAGUCGGGACAGCCCUGAAGAAGACGAUAGGGCGAAGCGAAAGUAUGCGGACUAUCAGCAGCAGCAGCAGCAACAAGCACAGUAUGGAGCCGAGGAAGGGCAGGCGGCGGGUAACUCGUUCCCGCCGGGCAGUCCUGCAUUCUCAUCGCCGGGCAACGACCCCGCUGGCUCGUCUCCUCCGAGCUCGCCGCCCACCGCGUCGAUGCCGCCCAACAAGAAGGCGAUGCUGGGCAAGAGCGCGGAGGGUAUGGUGCACGCCCUGCACAACCGAGACCUGAAGAUCAAAAAGAAGCUCAAGGAGGUCAAGAAGGCCAGGGAGGCCCGCAGCGUCCGGCCCACCUUCAACAAGUGA